ACGCUGGGCGAAGCGAGGUGCUGAGCGCGCUGCAACAUGGCCUCCUCCUCCUGCCCCGCGGGACGGGGCGGCCGCGACCAGUCUGACACAAAUGCAAGUUACUUGAGAGCUGCUCGAGCUGGCAACUUGGAAAAGGCUCUUGACUACUUAAAAAGUGGAGUGGACAUCAACAUUUCUAAUCAGAAUGGGUUGAAUGCACUCCAUCUCGCUUCCAAAGAAGGGCACGUAGAAGUUGUCUCUGAACUGAUACAGCGAGGUGCCAGUGUGGAUGCAGCGACAAAGAAAGGAAACACAGCAUUGCACAUAGCAUCCCUGGCUGGACAAGCAGAAGUUGUCAAAGUGUUGGUUACAAAUCGAGCCAAUGUCAAUGCACAAUCUCAGAAUGGUUUCACUCCUCUGUAUAUGGCAGCCCAAGAAAACCACCUGGAGGUUGUUAAGUUUCUUCUUGAUAAUGGUGCCAGUCAGAGCCUUGCCACAGAGGAUGGUUUCACACCUUUGGCAGUAGCUUUACAGCAAGGUCAUGACCAGGUGGUUUCACUGUUGCUUGAAAAUGAUACAAAAGGAAAAGUCCGUCUUCCUGCUCUUCACAUCGCUGCUCGGAAGGAUGAUACGAAGGCAGCGGCUCUGCUCCUGCAGAAUGACCACAAUGCUGACGUGGAGUCAAAGAGUGGGUUCACACCCCUUCACAUAGCUGCUCACUAUGGAAAUAUCAAUGUAGCUACACUGCUGUUAAAUCGAGGAGCUGCUGUGGACUUCACUGCAAGGAAUGAUAUCACACCAUUACAUGUUGCAUCGAAGAGGGGAAAUGCAAAUAUGGUCAAACUCCUACUUGAUCGAGGAGCUAAAAUUGAUGCCAAAACAAGGGAUGGGUUGACCCCCCUCCACUGUGGAGCAAGAAGCGGCCAUGAACAAGUUGUAGAAAUGCUGCUGGAUCGUGGUGCUCCUAUUCUUUCCAAAACAAAGAAUGGUUUGUCUCCAUUGCACAUGGCAACACAAGGAGAUCAUCUAAACUGUGUUCAGCUCCUGAUUCAGCACAACGUGCCUGUGGAUGAUGUCACUAAUGACUAUUUGACUGCGCUGCAUGUUGCCGCCCACUGUGGCCACUACAAAGUUGCCAAGGUUCUCUUGGACAAGAAAGCUAAUCCUAAUGCCAAAGCACUGAAUGGUUUCACACCUCUGCACAUUGCAUGCAAGAAGAACAGGAUAAAAGUGAUGGAACUUCUUCUGAAGCAUGGUGCAUCAAUCCAAGCUGUAACUGAGUCGGGCCUAACUCCAAUCCAUGUUGCUGCCUUCAUGGGACAUGCAAAUAUUGUAUCACAGCUAAUGCAUCAUGGAGCAUCACCCAACACUACCAAUGUGAGAGGAGAAACAGCACUGCACAUGGCUGCCAGAGCAGGCCAAACAGAGGUCGUUCGAUACCUAGUACAAAACGGAGCUCAGGUGGAGGCUAAAGCUAAGGAUGACCAGACUCCGCUGCACAUUUCUGCUCGACUGGGAAAAGCAGAUAUAGUACAGCAGCUGUUACAGCAAGGAGCGUCUCCAAAUGCAGCUACAACUUCUGGCUAUACGCCCUUGCAUCUUUCAGCUCGAGAAGGCCAUGAAGAUGUAGCUUCUGUUCUUUUGGAGCAUGGUGCAUCUUUAGCUAUUAUUACCAAGAAAGGAUUUACUCCUCUACACGUGGCUGCAAAAUAUGGGAAAAUUGAGGUAGCAAACCUCCUGCUUCAGAAGAAUGCAUCUCCUGAUGCUUCUGGGAAGAGCGGUUUAACACCACUGCAUGUAGCUGCACACUACGAUAAUCAAAAAGUGGCACUCCUACUGUUGGACCAGGGAGCUUCACCUCAUGCAUCUGCCAAGAACGGCUACACGCCACUACAUAUAGCUGCCAAGAAAAACCAGAUGGACAUAGCAACUACACUGCUGGAAUAUGGUGCUGAUGCCAAUGCUGUAACCAGGCAGGGUAUUGCCCCUGUACAUCUGGCCUCGCAGGAUGGCCAUGUGGACAUGGUGUCCUUACUUCUUACUAGAAAUGCUAAUGUAAAUCUCAGCAACAAGAGUGGACUGACACCAUUGCACUUAGCUGCUCAAGAGGACAGAGUCAAUGUAGCAGAGGUUCUUGUUAACCAAGGAGCUGCUGUUGAUGCUCAGACAAAGAUGGGAUAUACUCCCCUGCAUGUUGGCUGCCACUACGGAAACAUAAAGAUUGUUAAUUUCCUUCUGCAACAUUCUGCAAAAAUCAAUGCCAAAACGAAGAACGGGUACACGCCGCUGCACCAGGCUGCACAGCAGGGGCACACCCACAUCAUCAAUGUUCUGCUCCAGCACGGUGCAGCGCCCAAUGAGCUCACUGUGAAUGGAAAUACUGCCCUCGCCAUUGCAAAGCGACUUGGCUACAUUUCAGUUGUUGACACAUUAAAGGUGGUGACAGAGGAGACCAUGACUACAAUUACUGUUACAGAGAAGCACAAAAUGAAUGUACCUGAAACCAUGAAUGAAGUUCUUGAUAUGUCUGACGAUGAAGUUCGUAAAGCCAAUGCCCCUGAAAUACUCAGUGAUGCUGAAUAUUUGUCAGAUGUUGAAGAAGGUGAGGAUGCAAUGACAGGUGACACGGACAAAUAUCUUGGACCCCAGGAUCUAAAAGAGUUGGGCGAUGAUUCUUUGCCUGCUGAAGGCUACAUGGGCUUUAGCCUGGGAGCCCGCUCUGCCAGCCUCCGCUCCUUCAGUUCGGAUAGGUCCUACACGCUGAACAGAAGUUCUUAUGCCCGAGACAGCAUGAUGAUCGAAGAGCUGCUGGUACCAGCAAAGGAUCAGCACCUGACGUUUCAGAGGGAGUUUGAUUCUGAUUCUCUCAGACACUACAGCUGGGCUGCAGACACCUUGGACAAUGUUAACCUUGUUUCAAGUCCCAUCCAUUCUGGUUUCCUGGUUAGUUUUAUGGUCGAUGCCCGCGGGGGUUCGAUGAGAGGUAGUCGUCAUCAUGGAAUGAGAAUUAUCAUCCCACCACGCAAAUGCACAGCACCAACCCGCAUCACCUGCCGCUUGGUAAAGAGGCAUAAGCUGGCCAGCCCACCACCAAUGGUUGAAGGAGAAGGAUUAGCAAGUAGACUUGUAGAAAUGGGGCCGGCAGGGGCACAGUUUUUAGGUCCUGUCAUAGUGGAAAUCCCACAUUUUGGAUCAAUGCGAGGAAAGGAAAGAGAGUUAAUCGUACUUCGAAGUGAAAAUGGUGAAACGUGGAAGGAGCACCAGUAUGACAGCAAGCACGAAGACUUAACUGAAGUACUCAAUGGCAUGGAUGAAGAGCUGGACAGUGUUGAGGAGCUAGAGAAGAAGCGUAUCUGUAGGAUUGUCACAAAGGAUUUCCCUCAGUACUUUGCAGUGGUUUCACGAAUCAAGCAAGAAAGUAACCAAAUUGGCCCAGAGGGCGGCGUGCUGAGCAGCACAACGGUGCCACGUGUCCAGGCGUCCUUCCCCGAGGGUGCUCUAACCAAAAGAAUCCGUGUGGGACUCCAGGCUCAACCAGUUCCAGAGGAAAUUGUUAAGAAAAUCCUUGGAAACAAGGCAACUUUCAGUCCCAUUGUCACAGUGGAGCCAAGAAGAAGAAAAUUUCAUAAGCCAAUAACCAUGACAAUUCCUGUGCCACCUCCAUCAGGAGAAGGUGUAACCAAUGGGUACAAAGGAGACACGACACCCAGCCUUCGACUUUUAUGUAGCAUUACAGGAGGUACUUCACCUGCGCAGUGGGAGGACAUCACAGGCACAACUCCUCUGACGUUUUCUAAUGACUGUGUCUCCUUCACAACCAAUGUUUCAGCCAGAUUUUGGCUUGCAGACUGCCAUCAAGUACUAGAGACUGUUGGGCUGGCAACGCAGCUUUACAGAGAAUUAAUAUGUGUUCCUUACAUGGCAAAGUUUGUUAUAUUUGCCAAAAUGAAUGACCCUGUAGAAUCCAAUUUGCGUUGCUUCUGCAUGACUGAUGACAAAGUGGACAAAACUUUGGAGCAACAGGAGAAUUUUGAAGAAGUUGCAAGAAGCAAAGACAUUGAGGUUCUGGAAGGAAAGCCUAUUUACGUUGAUUGCUAUGGAAAUCUUGCCCCUUUGACUAAAGGAGGACAGCAGCUUGUUUUUAAUUUUUACGCUUUCAAAGAAAAUAGACUGCCAUUCUCUAUCAAGGUAAGAGACACCAGCCAAGAACCCUGUGGUCGAUUAUCAUUUUUGAAAGAACCAAAGACUACCAAAGGACUGCCACAAACAGCUGUUUGCAACUUGAAUAUCACUUUGCCAGCACACAAAAAGAUGGAGAAAGCCGACCGGCGUCAGAACUUUGUCUCCCUUGCUUUACGUAAGCGCUACAGCUAUCUGACUGAGCCUGGAAUGAUUGAACGGAGUGCAGGAGCAACAAGAUCCCUACCUGCUACUUACUCAUACAAGCCAUUCUUUUCAACACGGCCAUAUCAGUCAUGGACAACAGCUCCAAUUACAGUGCCUGGGCAAACCAAAUCAGGCUUCACUUCCUUAUCAAGCUCUUCCUCUAACACUCCUACAGCUUCCCCAUUAAAAUCAAUAUGGUCUGUUUCUUCUGCUUCUCCAAUCAAAUCCACAUUAGGAGCUUCUACCACAUCAUCAGUUAAAUCUGUUAGUGAUGUAGCAUCUCCGAUUAGAUCAUUUCGGACAAUCUCCUCACCAAUAAAAACUGUGGUUUCGCAGCCUCCGUACAAUAUGCAGGUUACUUCAGGUUCUUUCGUCAGAGCUCCCGCAGUAACAGAAGCUGCUAGCCUAAAAGGGCUGGCAUCCACUACCACAUUCCCCACUCGGACAUCUCCUGUGACUACAGCAGGGUCUCUCUUGGAGAGAUCAUCCAUAACCAUGACGCCUCCAGCAUCCCCCAAAUCCAACAUUAACAUGUACUCUUCGAGUUUGCCUCUUAAAUCGGUCAUCACAUCAGCAUCCUCACUAUUAUCGUCCCCUCUAAAGUCAGUGGUGUCACCUGCUAAGUCAGCAGUUGAUGCUGUUUCAUCCUCUAAGGUCAUGAUGGCCUCGUCUCUCUCGUCGCCAGCAAAACAUGUAGCUGGGCACACAGAUGUACCAUUACUUAAUGGGUCUGUGUCACCGCUGAAAUACCCGUCUUCUUCCAACUUAAUAAAUGGAUCCAAAGCUGCAGCUGUUUUCCAAGACAAGAUUGCUGCAGCUGCACAUUCUGCAAGUUGUGCUGCUAGCGCAGUUGCUGACACAGCUGAGAGAGUGUUUUCAACUGCUUCAACAAUGUCAUUUUCUCCACUCAGGUCAUUUGUGUCUUCAGCACCAUCAGCUUUCCAGUCAAUAAGAACUCCUCCUGCAGGUGCUUUGUAUACAGCCCUUGGGUCAAUAUCAGCAACUACCUCAUCUGUAACUUCAUCAACAAUAACAGUGCCGGUAUAUUCUGUAGUCAAUGUUUUGUCUGAACCAGCAUUAAAGAAGCUCCCAGAGUCAUCUCCGCUUACAAAAUCAGCUGCUGCGUUACUGUCACCUAUUAAAACAUUGACUACAGAGGCACGCACGCAACCUCCCUUUAAUCGAACUUCAUCUCCAAUAAAAUCAUCCUUGUUCUUAGCACCCUCUGCUCUCAAAUUGUCCACGCCAUCUUCUUUAUCCUCCAGUCAGGAGAUACUGAAAGAUGUUGCUGAAAUGAAAGAGGAUCUAAUAAGAAUGACUGCAAUAUUGCAGACAGAUGUCACAGAGGACAAACCGUUCCAUCCUGAGAUACCAAAAGAGGGUAGAAUCGAUGAUGAAGAGCCUUUUAAAAUUGUUGAGAAAGUGAAAGAGGACUUAGUAAAAGUUAGUGAGAUUCUGAAAAAAGAUGUAUGUUUAGAAAGUAAAGGGUCUGCUAAAGUAUCUAAAAGCGAUCAAGGACAUGUCUCUGAGGAUGACUGGGUAGAGUUCAGUGCAGAGGAGAUUGAUGAAGCAAGACAGCAAGCUUUGACAAGCCCUCCUAUGUCUGUUCCAGAGAAGGCACAAAUUAAAGCUAAAACUGUGUCGGAAAAGGAUUAUAACUUAUCAAAAGUUAUUGAUUACUUAGCAAAUGAUAUCGGUAGCAGUUCAUUAACAAACAUAAAGUACAAGUUUGAAGAGGGGAAAAAAGAAGGUGAAGAGAGACAAAAACGCAUUUUAAAGCCAGCUAUUGCUUUGCAGGAACACAAACUCAAAAUGCCUCCUGCCUCCAUGAGGCCUUCAACAUCAGAAAAGGAGUUAUGUAAAAUUGCGGAUUCCUUUUUUGGAGCAGAUACAAUUUUAGAGUCUCCGGAUGACUUUUCUCAACACGAUCAAGACAAAAGUCCUUUAUCUGACAGUGGCUUUGAAACAAGGAGUGAAAAAACACCUUCUGCCCCUCAAAGCGCUGAAAGCACAGGGCCAAAACCACUUUUCCAUGAUGUACCCAUCCCUCCCGUCAUUACAGAAACAAGAACUGAGGUAGUUCAUGUUAUCCGUAGCUACGAACCAUCAUCUGAAGAAAUUCCAGAGCAGAAAACAGAAGAACUACCGGCCGCAAAGCCUGCUCCUGCUUUCAUGGAGCUGGAGCAAAAGCCUGCCGGGUCUAUUAAAGAGAAGGUUAAAGCAUUUCAAAUGAAAGCUAGCAGCAGUGAGGAAGAUGACCAUAAGUGUGUCCUUAGCAAAGGUGUCCGAGUAAAAGAAGAAACUCACAUCACUACGACAACUAGGAUGGUUUAUCACAAACCUCCAUGCACUGAAAGCACAUCGGAAAGAAUUGAGGAAACUAUGUCUGUUCAUGACAUAAUGAAAGCCUUUCAGUCUGGACGUGACCCUUCCAAAGAACUGGCAGGUCUGUUUGAACAUAAAUCAUCAGUAACAGCCGAUGUUAGCAAGUCUGCUGAAACUUCACCACAACAUGCAGAGAAGGACAGCAAAAUGAAACCCAAACUGGAGCGAAUAAUAGAGGUCCAUAUUGAAAAAGGUAAUCAGGCUGAACCUACUGAAGUGAUUAUUAGAGAAACAAAAAAGCAUCCAGAAAAAGAAAUGUAUGUGUAUCAGAAAGACUUACCUCGGGGAGAUAUUAACUUAAAAGAGUUGGAAAAACAUGAUGCUUUUCCUUGUUCAGAUGAACAAGGUCAGCAAGAAGAAGAGGAGCUCACAGCCGAAGAGUCACUUCCUUCUUAUCUGGAAUCCUCUAGAGUUAACACUCCCGUGUCCCAGGAAGAAGACAGUCGCCCUAGUUCUGCUCAACUCAUGUCUGAUGACUCUUACAAAACACUGAAGCUUUUGAGUCAGCACUCAAUAGAAUACCAUGAUGAUGAGUUGUCAGAACUAAGAGGGGAGUCUUACAGGUUUGCUGAGAAAAUGCUUCUUUCAGAAAAGCUAGAUGUUUCUCAGUCUGAUACUGAGGAGUCAGUUACUGAUGCUCUACCCCUUAGUGCAGAGUUACAGGGGUCUGAUAAACGAUGCAGAGAAAAAGUAGCUACUGCCCCUAAAAAAGAGAUUCUCUCCAAAAUCUAUAAAGAUGUAUCUGAAAAUGGUGUGGGUAAAAUGUCUAAAGAUGAUCAUUAUGAUAAAGUGACAGUAUUACACUACACUGGAGAUGUUAGUAGUCCAAAGCAUGCAAUGUGGAUGCGCUUUACUGAGGACAGAUUAGACAGAGGUAGAGAAAAGUUGAUAUAUGAAGACAGGGUGGACAGGACUGUUAAGGAGGCAGAAGAAAAACUGACUGAAGUAUCACAGUUUUUUCGGGAUAAAACAGAGAAGUUGAAUGAUGAGCUACAGUCUCCAGAGAAAAAACAGCAUAAAAAAAAUGGCAAAGAAAUACAUUCUAGUCAGAGCUCUGCCAGCAGCAGCCCUGAGAAGGUUCUACUCUCUGAAUUAUCAGCGUCUGGUGAUGACUGGAGUAAAGCAAAACAGCAUGCACGUGAUGGCAAAUGCUUUCCCAAAGUGGAUGAAAGAAAAGUGUCCAGUUUGCCCAGCAGUCCUGAGAAAAGGAUAUUUGUGCAACCAGCAGAGGACUCUAAGCAAACUAUGGAACACAAAAGAAGUGCUCAGCAGACUGGAGUGCCUGAGGUUUCACAGGCUGGAUUUCAGCUGAAGCAAUCAAAACUCAGUUCUAUUAGGCUGAAGUUUGAACAAAGCAUAAGUCCAAAGAGUAAGGACCCAACUCAAGAGGAAAAAAAACUGGACAGUCAGUCCAAAAUUCCGGUAAAGAAGUUGCAAGAAAGUAAGUUACCGGUUUACCAGUUUUAUUCUAGAGAGAAACACGCAAAGCAAGUCGAGCUCAUUGAUGGAAGUGCAGCUUUACAGAAAGAGGUGAAAAUACAGGAAGAUUUUGUCCCAGGUAAAGGAAAAGCUAUAGAAGAAUUUUGUGCUUCAGACACACAAAAGCAAAGAACUGAAGCAAGUGUGCCAGAGUACUUUUCAGAAUCACAGACAAAAGACCUGGUGUAUGGCUCAGACUCAACGGCAAAGGGACACUGGGACAAAAAAAUCUAUAGGACUUGGGAAAGUCCUGGAACUUCUAAUCAUAAAACACAAAAAGAGAAGCUUUCACAUGUGCUGAUUCCAGAUACAGUAAAGGAAAACCACGUUGAUCAUGUUGAAGCUGACAAAAAAACUGAAUUUAUUACUCUGACAGAGCACAAACUGGCAGCAAAUGGCAUUCAUUCAGAAGAAGUGAAAGAAAUGACUGUAAAAUCUCCCUCAAAAAAGGUUUUAUACAGAGAAUUUGUUGUCAGGGAGGGGGAACGUAACGGUGAAAUAGCUGAUAAAAUAUCCAGAAGGAAAGAAGAAAUUGCUGUGUCCCAUAUUCCAGUAAGGAUUGCUGAGGAGAAGAGAACUGUGCUUGAUGGUGUUUAUCAACUUUCAGCUAAAGUAUCCCAGUCAGCUGUGAUUAAGGAGAAAGUUGAGAGGCAGAUAGGUUAUAUGGAAGAUGAUCAAGUAAAGCAUUCAGAAAUUAGAAGAGUUACCAAGCAGCAGAGCUUGAUAGGUCUAAGUCCUCCUGUUGAGGAAACUGAGAUAUCCCCUAGCAAAUCACCAGAUUCUCUAGAAUUUAGUCCAGGAAAGGAAUCUCCUUCGAAUGAGUUAGUUGACCCUGGUGCCAGUGAUUACUUGGAUAAAGUUGCACCAUUAGUAAGUACAGAGGGAGUGAAAGAAAUUAAGACCUUACCGGUUUAUGUCAGUUUUGUUCAAGUAGGAAAGCAAUAUGAGAAAGAGGUGCAACAAGGAAGUAUUAAAAAAAUUGUCAGUCAGGAAAGUAAGACAGUGCAAGAGACAAGGGGGACCUUUUACACAGCUAGACAGCAAAAGCAACCUCCCUCUCCACAAGGUAGUCCAGAAGAUGAUACGCUAGAACAGGUGUCCUUUAUUGAUAGCUCUGGCAAAAGCCCUUUAACACCAGAAACACCAAGUUCAGAGGAAGUGAGUUAUGAGUUUACAUCUAAAACACCCGACUCACUAAUAGCAUAUAUCCCAGGCAAACCCAGUCCUAUACCUGAGGUUUCUGAGGAAUCAGAGGAGGAAGCAGAGGCUAAGUCAACCUCUGUGAAACAGGCAGUAGUUGAGGAACCACAGACUGACAAAUCAUUACCUAACCAUAUAAAUAAGGACUCUAACAAAAGACCGAAAGGUAACAGAGUUGCCUACAUUGAAUUCCCACCUCCUCCACCACUGGAUGCAGAUCAAGCCGAGUCAGAAAAGAAGCCUCAGUGUUCCACUGAGAGUGAAAUGGAGAUGACAGAAGUGAACCUGCAGGAUGAACAUGACAAAUGUCAACUGGCUGAGCCAGUUAUAAGAGUACAGCCACCGUCUCCUGUGCCGCCGGGAGCAGAUGUCAGUGACUCCAGUGAUGAUGAAUCUCUCUAUCAACCUGUUCCGCUUAAAAAGUACACGUUCAAACUGAAAGAACUAGAAGAUGACCAGAAAGAAAGCUCAAAACCCAGAACCCCUGAAAAGAUUGAGAAACAGAAAGAGUUAGGACACCCCACUUCUGGGAAACCUAGUGAGUUUGACGUUGGGCUUGAUUCACCCCAGAAUGAUGUAGUGCAAAAUGGGAAUAAUAAUGACCAGUCUGUCACAGAGUGUUCCAUAGCAACCACUGCAGAAUUCUCCCAUGAUACCGAUGCGACUGAGAUUGACUCUCUUGACGGUUAUGAUUUGCAAGAUGAAGAUGAUGGUUUAACUGAGAGUGAUUCUAAACUUGCAGGUCCGGCAGUUGAAACCAAAAAGGACGUAUGGACUACAGAAGGUAUUCUAAAGCAGACUGAUCGCUGCUUUAGCCAGAGUAAACUUGAAGUCAUUGAGGAGGAAGGGAAGGUAGGCCCUGAAGAAGACAAGGUGCCUUCAAAGGGUCCAGCUUCUGAAAAGGCCGGAGAUAAAAGCGAGCAGAAGUCAGGGGCGCAGUUUUUCACUUUGGAAGGCAGACACCCUGACAGGACUGUGUUUCCCGAUUCAUAUUUCAGUUACAAAGUAGAUGAAGAAUUUGCAACGCCUUUCAAAACUGUGGCCACUAAGAGUCUAGAUUUUGACCCAUGGUCCAAUAACCGAGGUGACGACGAAGUGUUUGAGACUAAAUCAAGGGAUGAUGAGGCAAAGCCAUUUGGUCUGGCAGUGGAAGACAGAUCUCAAGCAACAACACCUGAUACAACUCCAGCCAGAACUCCAACAGAUGAGAGUACGCCAACUAGCGAGCCCAACCCCUUCCCAUUUCAUGAAGGGAAGAUGUUUGAGAUGACUCGCAGUGGUGCAAUUGACAUGAGCAAGAGGGAUUUUGUUGAAGAAAGACUCCAAUUUUUUCAGAUUGGUGAGCAUACUUCUGAAGGGAAGUCAGGGGACAAGGGGGAAGGGGAUAAAAGUACAGUCACUGCCAUCACACAGCCACAGGCAGGGGACAACACUGUAGAAACAAACCUAGAGAGACCAGUAGAAUCACCAGCAGUUGAACAUAAGCCCAUCAUCCAGGCCAGUGGAGAUUGCAUGGAACAAACACUUGGUAGUAACUCACUGGAAAAAUCAUCGGCAGCGGUAAAUGCUUCUAAAGUUGAUCCCAAAUUGCGCACGCCAAUUAAAAUGGGAAUUUCUGCUUCCACCAUGACUCUGAAGAAAGAUGGUCCUGGCGAAGUGACAGAUAAGAUAGAAGCUGUGAUGCCAAGUGGUCAGGGAUUAGAAAAUGAAACUGUAGCAGUGAUUGCGAGUUCAGCUUCUAGCGAGACAAGCUGUAGGCAAACAGAAAACACUGAGUUUCCAAAAGAUAAUUUUAAUAACAACAACAAUUUGGAUUCAUCUGCAGUCUCUACAGAUGAUAUUACCUCUAAUGUAGUGCUAGAAGAACAUUCGGAACCAAAAUGUUCCCUGCAGAAAGCUAACCCAGCAAAAAGCACUUCAGGAAAAGGUACAGGGACAACACAAGGACAAAGAGUAAGAGAGAAACAAAAAGCACAUGGAGAGCAGCAGAAGUCAACAGAGUUGGUAGGGGCUAGAGGAAAAUCAAAACUUCCUGUAAAGGCCAGCUCAGUAAAAGAAGUCUUGCCGCAAAAUAAUCUCCAAAGCAACACAGGGAGUAAAGUGAGACAGGCUAGUAAGCCUGACAAAGCAAAACAAGAUAAUGCUCCUCCCUGUCUAGAAGGAAGGUCUAGGAUUCCUGUAAAAAAUACACGUAGGAGUAAUUUAUCUAGAAAACCUCCAGCCCUACCAAAGCAAGAGCAGGUAGAGAAAGAAAAAACAAAACAGCUUCCUUCUAAAUUACCAGUAAAGGUAAGAUCUACCUCCGUCACAAUGACAACAGUUAAAGUAAAAAAAAAUCAGCUUAGGGAGGUGUGUAAACAUUCAAUUGAAUAUUUUAAGGGAAUUAGUGGUGAGACAUUAAAGCUUGUGGAUCGUCUAUCUGAUGAAGAGAAAAAGAUGCAGUCAGAGGUCUCUGACGAUGAAGAAGACAGUACAUCAAGGAACACAUCACUGUCAGAAGCUACUCAAGUGUACCUGCCUUCCAUUACAUCGAAGUCUGCUAGAGAUAUGAGAACAGAGGCAGCAUCUAUAAAAUCAAAGAGUGAAAAAGCCGACAGUGAGAGGAGGAGGAGUAAGAGGACUGGUCCACAAAGUCCAUGUGAACGAACAGAUAUAAGGAUGGCAAUUGUAGCUGAUCACCUUGGACUUAGCUGGACAGAACUGGCAAGAGAACUGAAUUUUUCUGUGGAUGAAAUAAACCAAAUCCGAGUAGAAAACCCAAAUUCUCUUAUUGCUCAAAGUUUCAUGUUAUUAAAAAAAUGGGUUACCAGAGACGGGAAAAAUGCUACAACUGAUGCCUUAACUUCUGUAUUGACAAAAAUUAAUCGAAUAGAUAUUGUGACCCUGCUGGAAGGACCAAUAUUUGAUUAUGGAAAUAUUUCAGGCACCAGAAGCUUUGCAGAUGAAAAUAACGUUUUUCAUGAUCCCAUUGAUGGUUGGCAGACUGACUCAUCAAGUGUCACUGAGCCACCAACGUCGGGACGCAGGAUAGGUGGUAGUCUGCUAGAUCGCCUGGAUGAUAGCUUGGACCAAUGUAGGGACUCUGUUACCUCAUACGUCAAAGGAGAAGCAGGGAAACCAGAAACAAAUGGAAGCCUCUCAGAAACCACAACAGAAACAAAAACUAAAUCCUAUGUCCAGGAAUCUUUAAAUGAUGUGGGAAAACACAGUGACAAAGAAGCCCUGAAAACAAAGUCCCAAAUUUCAGCUGGUACUGAUGAGCAAACAUUGUCAUCAACAGCAUAUCAGAAAUCUUUGGAAGAGACUAGCAAGCCAACAGUGGAAGGCAGCAAAACAUCUGUGCCUGUCAGUGUGAAGAAGAUGGGCUGGAGUACUUCAGAGGAUGGCAAGGCAAGAACAGGCAUCCAAGAGGAGGAGGGAGCAGGAAUGUCUGAACAGAAGGAAUGUAGUGACAGUGAGAUUGAGAGUGAUUCGAGCUCAGGUGAGGAGCAGAGGAUUACUACAAGAGUGUAUCGACGGCGGUUGAUUCUGAAGGGUGAGGAAGCAAAAAACAUUCCUGGUGAAUCUGUAACAGAGGAGCAGUUUACCGAUGAAGAAGGCAACGUCAUCACAAGAAAAAUCACCCGGAAAGUAGUAAGGCGUGUUGUUAUCCCACAUGAGAGGAAAGCUGGUGAAAUGCAGGGCGAAGCUUACAAGGUUAAGACGAAGAAAGAAGUCAGACAUGUGGAGAAGAAAAGUUACUCGUGAAAGCUGAAAGCCAACCACUGACCGGACCGUGUGCUUUUACUGCCAGUAUUCCAGAGGGACAGUCACAGAAGAAAAAUCAACAGGAAUUAAACAUUCACCUAUAAAAGUGUGCGUGUGUUUGCUGCUUCCACACAUUAACCGCAUGGUUUUUAUGCAAAAGCAAAAACAAAACAAAGAAACAAAAAGUUAAUUUAGCAUGAGCCAAUUUACAGAGCAUGGAAAUUCACUUUCAUUCACGGGAUUGGAGAGUGCGCAGUUAACAAUGCAGUGUAUAUACAAGAUGUCAUGCUGUUAACAGCUUAUUUCAAGCAGUUUGAUGUCAUCACAAAAGAAAUAAAUUCCUGUGGCUAGAGGGGAUGUACGAAGACGAAAUGGUUAAACCAUGGAAAGACACUAAAAUUACUAAAAUCCACAACAGCUCGCCUUAUUUUUCUCGGACCCAAACUGUCAGGGUAUAAAACACUAGUUGUUUCUUUUUUAAACAUCGAUAGUUUUGCUGUAAAUAAAUAACACUGUAUAAAUUCUAACAAAAUAGAAUAAAUGUUGAUAAGGCACUGCCUUUUCGAUCACAAACAGAAUACUGCAAAUGCAUUGAGCAGGCUAGGUGUCUCAAGCAGCUACACCUACAGGGAUAUUCUGAGUGUAUCUUCACAGAUUCUUGUAUAUUAGCAAUUAUAAUGUUUGUAUAUGCAAAAACGCUAGCUUGAUUUUAAAAAAAUCUUUAAAAUCUGCUGCAAAUUUAAAUGAUUCCCAAAAUGAGGAAUUCUGUAGUUCUGUGAAAAUUUUUCUUCAGAGUACUAAUAUUUUGAUGCAUGUGUUUCACCUUAUUUUGAUUAAAUCUUUUCCAGUUUUGCAAACACUAUACUGCAACAUGAAAAAUAAGAUUUUAUCUGUAAACACAAAGCCCUUCAUCUAAUAUUUGUUGCUGUUGCCAAUUUUUCAAUGAAAUGACCUAAAAACCAUAACAUAUACAGUAGUUGCAUUAUGGGGAGGGGGGUGCUAUCUGUUCUCGCUUUAUAACGGGGGUACUGCUUGCAGCUUUAGAAGUGGGUUGGUGCUCCAGCGGGCACAAGUUUGGGAUAUUUUUAAAUGAACUGAAGAGAAAUUAUUAGCUAAUAGACUGGCAGCACGCUGUAAAAUUAUUACUGUAUUGUGUACUGGCUAUAAGAUGUAGAAUCUUUCAGUAAGCCAAUCAUCUGUAAUCAUCCUAGCAGUGUAAUAUUAGGUUGUUAAGGCUGCUGUGUUUUAAAGGGCAUUUUUAUUUGGGUUUUGGUGAAAUACUUUAAUUUGUUGAUUAUAUUCAUAUGGAAACAGCAUUCAUUGAUAAUAGCUCUAAUUACAUAUGUAUGAAAACAACAAACACUGGAUGAUCUAGUUGAUUAUUUAAGCAUAAAAUAAAUUGUGUUAAAACUCUUGGA